AGCGGCUGAGGCGGCGAGGCCUCGGGCCUCGUGAGGGGAGCUGAGGAGAAUGACUACCCUUCAGGAGUCGGUCUCAGUUAUGAUCAAAAAGUUUAGAAAAGGAUGGCGUGGGCUUUGUAACUCUGAGAGGACAACAGUAUGUGGUGCGGACUUCAUGUUGUUGGCCUUGCAACUUUCAGUGGCAGAGAUCAACAAGCAGCAGUCUGGAGAAUUCACAGCCUCCCUUAGUGAUGUUUUGGCGACUUGGAAGUUCUUACUACAUGAGAAACUAGACCUGCCGUACCAAGACAUGAAAGUACUUGAACGUUAUGGAGAAAUAAAGAAGACAUAUGAUGAUUUUUUGAAGAACAGCAAUAUACUGGAUCUGAUUGAUGUGUACCAGAAGUGUAGUAUGCUAGCUUCUGAAUGUGAAGAUGAAGAAAUGUCUCCUGUUCAACUGUUGGAUUUUAUUUCUGGAUUGUCUUGUGGAUCAGAGGAUAAUACUAACGCUUAUGUUAUGUCAUCACCCAGCACCACACACAACCGGGACCAUGUAAAGGUGCAAUUAGCGGUGAAGAAACUUAUCUUUGCAUAUUUGAACCUCUUGGUGAAUUCAAGGAAUGACUUAGCCUUGGCUCAGAUUCUCAACUUUCCUGAUAGAGGCCUUGGUAGAGAGGCCUUUACGGACCUGAAACAUGCUGCUCAGCAGAAACAAAUGUCCAUCUUCUUGGUGGCAACAUCCUUUAUUCGAACAAUAGAACUUGGAGGGAAAGGUUAUGCACCUUUACAAUCUGACCCUUUGCGGACACAUGUAAAGGGACUUUUAAAUUUUGUACAUUUCAUCGAUAAACUGGAAGAAAUUCUUGGAGAAAUUCCAAAUCCCAGAAUUGCAGGAAAUCGAAUACUAUCGAUAAUCAAAAUGCAGUUGAUAAAGGGGAGAAGUCCUGGUGAUCCGUUCUGUUUAGCGGUAGAGGAAGUUGUUCAAGAUUUGGAUUUGAAGAUUGAAAAUAUUAUUAAUUCUCAAGAAGAAGACACGUUUAGCACUCCUGGAAUUAGCCCAGCACGGCCAAAACCACAUGCUAUAAAUCAUGGCACGGCAUAUUGUGGUAGAGAUACUGUGAAGGCUUUACUAGUCCUUUUGGAUGAAGAAGCCGCCAGUCCUCCUACCAAAAAUAAAGCUGAACUUUUACAUGGUGCUGAAAAUGUAACUUCAUGCCCUGGUAUCUCCAUCUUGACACUUUUCACAUCUCCCAUACAUUUGAGUGGGCCAUCUCUGAAGCCUCUGAGAGAACGUGUUCAAAAGGCAAUAGGGAAAGAGAAAAAAGCUAAGUUAAAACAAACUCUAAUUAAGUCACAAUUUGCCUGCACAUAUAAAGAAGACUUGAUGACCAAGAAGAAUGAUAAAUUUGGAAGUAUGAAUCAGUUGCCGAUUUCCAUUUACCAAGGAUCGAAACAAGAGUUUUCUCUUGACUUGGAAAAUGCCCCUCUAUCUGGUGUGAACUCAACUGUUGAAAAACCGUCACUUGGAAUGAGUUGUGGAAAUGUUGAUCUGAACAGAAGGAAAAGGGAAAAAGUACCCAGAAAAUCAAGUUGUCAGCCAUUACACAAGAACUCAAAUAGAGAACAGGUGGAUUUAAAUAGUGAAAACACUUGCUGUGAUAAUGACAAUGAACCACCUCAACAUAAUGUUAAGAGAUCUAAAACAUCAAGCAACCCACAGAAUAAACUGUACAGCAAACCACCUGGAGCCGCAAAAGGCAAGAAACCUACAGCCAGGAAUAAAUUGAUUACUGGCCAGGCAAAAAUAACUUCAUUUUUUAGAUUCUAAAUUUGUCCUGCCUUCCCCCUCCCUACCACAUAUUAAACCUGCACAAAAAAUACUAUGAGCCUUUGAAAGUUUAAAGUAUAAAGUUCACAGAUAACUUUUCCCCUGUUAAAAUUCAAUGGAAAAAAGAAGUCUAUUAUGUUAAUUAUCAGUCAAAUAUACCAGGAAGUCAGGGUUGGUGCAGAAUUCUUCAUUUUAAUAUACAACAAGAUUGUUACAUUUUGAUCACCUAAAGAAAAUCU